AUGCUCGAGGCAUGCCUAGACCGCGCCGCGCCCUUUGAGAGUCGCACCAGCAGAGCUGGCGGUACCACCCCAACCAUCAGUAGCAGCACCAGCAGCACCAUCAGCAGCACCAGCAGCAGAACCAGCAGCACCAGUAGCACCACCAGCAGCACCAGCAGCAGCAGCAGCACCACCACCACCAAUACCACUAGCACCAGUAGCAACAGCAGCACCGGCAAUACCAGCAGCAUCACCAGCAGCACCAGCAACACCUGCGGCACCACUAGCAGCAACAGUAGCAACAGCACUACCAGCAGCACCUGCAACAUUAGCAGCACCAGCGUCAACAACACCACCACCACCAGCAACAGCAGCACCACCAACAUCAAUACUAUCAGCACCAGUAGCACCAGCAGCACCAGCAGUACCAGCAGCACCACCAGCAGCACCUGCAACACUAGCAGCACCAGCGUCACCACCACUACCAGCACCAGCAGCAGCAGCACAGCAGCAGCAGCACCACCACCAAUAACACCAGCACCAGUAGCACCAGCAGCAGCAGCACCAGCAGCACCAACAACCAUCAGCAGCACUUGCGGCACUAGCAGCAGCAGAAGCAGCAGAACUACCACCACCACCACCUCCACUAGCACCAACAGCACCACCAUCACUGCUAGCGCCACCACCAGCAGCAGCAGCACGAACCGCGCCGCGCCCUUUGAGAGUCGCACCAGCAGAGCUGGCGGUACCACCCCAACCAUCAGUAGCAGCACCAGCAGCACCAUCAGCAGCACCAGCAGCAGAACCAGCAGCACCAGUAGCACCACCAGCAGCACCAGCAGCAGCAGCAGCACCACCACCACCAAUACCACUAGCACCAGUAGCAACAGCAGCACCGGCAAUACCAGCAGCAUCACCAGCAGCACCAGCAACACCUGCGGCACCACUAGCAGCAACAGUAGCAACAGCACUACCAGCAGCACCUGCAACAUUAGCAGCACCAGCGUCAACAACACCACCACCACCAGCAACAGCAGCACCACCAACAUCAAUACUAUCAGCACCAGUAGCACCAGCAGCACCAGCAGUACCAGCAGCACCACCAGCAGCACCUGCAACACUAGCAGCACCAGCGUCACCACCACUACCAGCACCAGCAGCAGCAGCACAGCAGCAGCAGCACCACCACCAAUAACACCAGCACCAGUAGCACCAGCAGCAGCAGCACCAGCAGCACCAACAACGCCAGCAGCACCAAUUGCGGCACCAGCACCACCAGCACCAACAGCACCACCAUCACUACUAGCACCAUCACCAGCAGCACCACACCAUCACCAGCAGCACCACCAACAGCAUCUGCAAUAUCAGCAGCACCAGGAGCAGCAGCAGCAGCACAUCAUCAGCAUCACCACCACCACCACCAUCAGCACCAGUAGCACCAGCAGCAUCAGCAGUACCAGCAGAACUACCAGCAGCACAAGCGUCACCACCACCACCAGCAGCAGCAGCAGCAGCAGCAGCAGCAGCAGCAGCAGCAGCAGCAGCAGCAGCAGCAGCAGCAGCAGCAGCAGCAGCAGCAGCAGCAGCAGCAGCAGCAGCAGCAGCAGCAGCAGCAGCAGCAGCAGCAGCAGCAGCAGCAGCAGCAGCAGCAGCAGCAGCAGCAGCAGCAGCAGCAGCAGCAGCAGCAGCAGCAGCAGCAGCAGCAGCAGCAGCAGCAGCAGCAGCAGCAGCAGCAGCAGCAGCAGCAGCAGCAGCAGCAGCAGCAGCAGCAGCAGCAGCAGCAGCAGCAGCAGCAGCAGCAGCAGCAGCAGCAGCACCACCACCACCACCAGCACCAGUAGCACCAGCAGCAUCAGCAGUACCAGCAGAACUACCAGCAGCACAAGCGUCACCACCACCACCAGCAACAGCAGCAGCAGCAGCACCACCACCAAUACCACCAGCACCAGCACCACCAGCAGCAGCACCAGCAACACCAGCAGCACCAACAUCACCACCACCACCAGCACCAGCAGCAGCAGCAGCACCACCACCAAUACCACCAGCACCAGCACCACCAGCUGCAGCACCUGUAACACCAGCAUCACCAGCAGCAGCACCAGACGUACCAGCUACACCAGCAGCAUCAAUUGCGGCACCAGCACCACCAGCACCAACAGCACCACCAUCACCACCAUCACCACUAGCACCAUCACCAGCAGCACCAGCAACAUCACCAGCAGCACCAGCAACACCUGCGGCGCCACUAGCAGCACCAUCACCACCACCACCACCAGUAGCACCAGCAGCAUCAGCAGUAGCAGCAGCAGCACCAGUAGCAGCACCACCACUACCACCACCACCAACACCAUUACCGGCAGCAGCACGAGCAGCACCAGCAGCACCAGCACCAACAGCACUACCAUCACCACUAGCGCCACCACCAGCACCUGCAACACUAGCAGCACCAGCGUCACCACCACCACCAGCACCAGCAGCAGCAGCAGCACCACCACCAAUACCACCAGCACCAGCACCACCAGCAGCAGCACCUGCAACACCAGCAGCACCAGCGUCACCACCACCACCAGCACCAGCAGCAGCAGCAGCACCACCACCAAUACCAUCAGCACCAGCACCACCAGCAGCAGCACCUGAAACACCAGCAGCACCAAUUGCGGCACCAGCACCACCAGCACCAACAGCACCACCAUCACCACUAGCACCAUCUCCAACAGCACCAGCAACAGCACCAGCAACACCAGCAGCAUCAGCAACACCUGCGGUACUAGCAGCAGCAUCAACAAUACCAGCAGCACAACCACCACCACCAAUUCCACCAGCACCAGUAGCACCAGGAGCACUAGGAAUACCAGCAGGAUCACCAGCAGCAACACCAGCAGUAACAGCUACACCAGCAGCACCAAUUGCGGCACCUGCACCACCAGCACCAACACCACCACCAUCACCACCAUCACUACUAGCACCAUCUCCAACAGCACCAGCAACAGCACCAGCAACACCAGCAUCAUCAGCAGCACCUGCGGCACUAGCAGCUGCAUCAGCAAUACCAGCAGCACAACCACCACCACCAAUUCCACCAGCACCAGUAGCACCAGGAGCACUAGGAAUACCAACAGCAUUACUAGCAGCACCAGCAACACCUGCGGCACCACUAGCAGCAGCACCACCACCACAACCAAUACCACCAGCACCAGUUGCACCAGUAGCACCAGCAGCACCAACAGCACUAACGUCACCACCACCACCACCACCAGCAGCAGCAUCAUCACCACCACCAAUAGCACCAUCACCAGUAGCACCAGCAGCACCAGCAAUACCAGCAGCAGCACCAGCAACACCUGCGGCACCACUGGCAGCACCAGCAGCAUCAGCAGUACCAGCAGCACUACCAGCAGCACUUGCAACACUAGCAGCACCAGCGUCACCACCACCACCAGCACCAGCAGCAGCAGCAGCACCACGACCAAUACCACCAGCACCAUCACCACCAGCAGCACACCAAUUGCGACACCUGCCACACCAGCACCAACAGUACCACCAUCACCACCAUCACCACUAGCACCAUCUCCAGCAGCACCAGCAACAGCACCAGCAACAUCAGCAGCAUCAGCAGCACCUGCUGCACUAGAAGCAGCAUCAGCAAUACCAGCAGCACAACCACCACCACCAAUUCCACCAGCACCAGUAGCACCAGGAGCACUAGGAAUACCAGCAGCAUUACGAGCAGCACCAGCAACACCUGCGGCACCACUAGCAGGACCAGUAGCAGCAGCACCACCACAACCACCAAUACCACCAGUACCAGUUGCACCAGUAGCACCAGCAGCAUCAGCAGCACCAGCAGCACCAACAGCACUAACGUCACCACCACUACCAGCAGCAGCAGCAGCAGCAUCACCACCACCAAUAGCACCAUCACCAGUAGCACCAGCAGCACCAGCAACACCUGCGGCACCACUGGCAGCACCAGUAGCAGCAGCAUCACCCCGACCACCACCACCAGCACCAGUAGCACCAGCAGCAUCAGCAAGCAGCAGCAUCAACAAUACCAGCAGCACAACCACCACCACCAAUUCCACCAGCACCAGUAGCACCAGCAGCAUCAGCAGUACCAGCAGCACCACCAGCAGCACCAGCACCAGCAGCACCAGCAGCACCAGCAGCACCAGCAGCACCAGCAGCACCAGCAGCACCAGCAGCACCAGCAGCACCAGCAGCACCAGCAGCACCAGCAGCACCAGCAGCACCAGCAGCACCAGCAGCACCAGCAGCACCAGCAGCACCAGCAGCACCAGCAGCACCAGCAGCACCAGCAGCACCAGCAGCACCAGCAGCACCAGCAGCACCAGCAGCACCAGCAGCACCAGCAGCACCAGCAGCACCAGCAGCACCAGCAGCACCAGCAACACCAAACACCACCACCAUCACCACCAUCACUACUACAUCAUCAGCAGCACCUGCGGCACUAGCAGCUGCAUCAGCAAUACCAGCAGCACAACCACCACCACCAAUUCCACCAGCACCAGUAGCACCAGGAGCACUAGGAAUACCAACAGCAUUACUAGCAGCACCAGCAACACCUGCGGCACCACUAGCAGCAGCACCACCACCACAACCAAUACCACCAGCACCAGUUGCACCAGUAGCACCAGCAGCACCAACAGCACUAACGUCACCACCACCACCACCACCAGCAGCAGCAUCAUCACCACCACCAAUAGCACCAUCACCAGUAGCACCAGCAGCACCAGCAAUACCAGCAGCAGCACCAGCAACACCUGCGGCACCACUGGCAGCACCAGCAGCAUCAGCAGUACCAGCAGCACUACCAGCAGCACUUGCAACACUAGCAGCACCAGCGUCACCACCACCACCAGCACCAGCAGCAGCAGCAGCACCACGACCAAUACCACCAGCACCAUCACCACCAGCAGCACACCAAUUGCGACACCUGCCACACCAGCACCAACAGUACCACCAUCACCACCAUCACCACUAGCACCAUCUCCAGCAGCACCAGCAACAGCACCAGCAACAUCAGCAGCAUCAGCAGCACCUGCUGCACUAGAAGCAGCAUCAGCAAUACCAGCAGCACAACCACCACCACCAAUUCCACCAGCACCAGUAGCACCAGGAGCACUAGGAAUACCAGCAGCAUUACGAGCAGCACCAGCAACACCUGCGGCACCACUAGCAGGACCAGUAGCAGCAGCACCACCACCACCAAUACCAUCAGCACCAGUAGCACCAGGAGCACUAGGAAUACCAGCAGCAUUACGAGCAGCACCAGCAACACCUGCGGCACCACUAGCAGGACCAGUAGCAGCAGCACCACCACAACCACCAAUACCACCAGUACCAGUUGCACCAGUAGCACCAGCAGCAUCAGCAGCACCAGCAGCACCAACAGCACUAACGUCACCACCACUACCAGCAGCAGCAGCAGCAGCAUCACCACCACCAAUAGCACCAUCACCAGUAGCACCAGCAGCACCAGCAACACCUGCGGCACCACUGGCAGCACCAGUAGCAGCAGCAUCACCCCGACCACCACCACCAGCACCAGUAGCACCAGCAGCAUCAGCAGUACCAGCAGCACCACCAGCAGCACCUGCAACACUAGCAGCACCAACCAGCAGGAGCAGCUGCAUCACCCUCACCACCACCACCAGCACCAGCAGCAGCAGAAUCACCAGCAGCACCAACAACACCUGCGGCGCCACUAGCAGCACCAGUAGCAGCAGCACCACCACCACCACCGCAGCAGCAGCAUCAGCAGUACCAGCAGCACCACCAGCAGCACCUGCAACACUAGCAGCACCAGCGUCCCCACCACCACCAGCACCAGUAGCACCAGCAGCACCAACAAUACCAGCACAUCACCAGCAGCACCAGCAACACCUGUGGCACCAGCAGCAGCACCUGAAACACCACAUCACCAGCAGCAGCAGCAGCAGUACCAGCAGCAUCAGCAGCACCUGCGGCACUAGCAGCAGCACCAGCAGCAGCAGCAGCAGCACCUGCAACACCAGCAGCACCAACGCCACCACCACCACCACCACCAGCAGCAGCAGCAGCAGCACCACCACCACCAAUACCAUCAGCACCAGUAGCACCAGCAGCACCAGCAGCACCAGCAGCACCUUCAACACUAGCAGCACCAGCGUCACCACCACCACCAGCACCAGCACCACCAGCAGCAGCACCACCACCACCACCACCAGCAGCAGCAGCAGCAGCAGCAGCAGCAGCAGCAGCAGCAGCAGCAGCAGCAGCAGCAGCAGCAGCAGCAGCAGCAGCACCAGCAACACCAGCAGCACCAAUUGCGGCACCAGCACCACCAGCACCAACAGCACCACCAUCACCACCACCACCACCACCACCAACACCAGUAGCACCAGCAGCAUCAGCAGUACCAGCAGCACUACCAGCAGCACUUGCAACACUAGCAGCACCAGCGUCACCACCACCACCAGCACCAGCAGCAGCAGCAGCACUACCACCAAUACCAUCAGCACCAGCACCACCAGCAGCACACCAGCACCACCAACACCAACAGCACCACCAUCACCACCAUCACCACUAGCACCAUCUCCAGCAGCACCAGCAACAGCACCAGCAACACCAGCAGCAUCAGCAGCACCUGCGGCACUAGCAGCAGCAUCAGCAAUGCCAGCAGCAUUACCAACAGCACCAGCAACACUUGCGGCACCACUGGCAGCACCAGUAGCAGCAGCAUCACCACCACCACCACCACCAGCACCAGUAGCACCAGCAGCAUCAGCAGUACCAGCAGCACUACCAGCAGCACCUGCAACACUACAAGCACCAACGUCACCUCCACCAGCAGCAGCACCACCACCACCACCAAUAACACCAGCACCAGUAGCACCAGCAGCAUCAGCAGUACCAGCAGCACUACCAGCAGCACCUGCAACACUACAAGCACCAACGUCACCUCCACCAGCAGCAGCACCACCACCACCACCAAUAACACCAGCACCAGUAGCACCAGCAGCAUCAGCAAUACCAGCAGCACCACCAGCAGCACCUGCAACACUAGCAGCACCAGCUAGCACCACCACCACCACCAAUUCCACCAGCACCAGUAGCACCAGGAGCACCAGAAAUACCAGCAGCAUUACUAGCAGCACCAGCAACACCUGCGGCACCACUAGCAGCACCAGCAGCAGCAGCACCACCACCACCAAUACCACCAGCACCAGUAGCACCAGCAGUACCAGCAAGACCGGCAGCAUCACCAGCAGCACUAGCAGCACCAGCACCACCAGCAGCUGCACCUGAAACACCAGCAUCACCAGCAGUAGCACCUGAAACACCUGUACCACCAGCAGCAGCACCAGCAGUACCAGCUACACCAGCAGCACCAAUUGCGGCACUAGCACCACCAGCACCAACAGCACCACCAUCACCACUAGCGCCACCACCAGCAGCAGCAGCACGAGCAGCACCAGUAACAUCAGCAGCACCAGCAGCACCUGCAGUACCACCAGCAGUACCAGCACCAACGGCACCACCAUUACCACUAGCACCAUCACCAGCAGCACCAGCAACAGCACCUGCAACACCAGCAGCACCAGGAGCAGCAGCAGCAGCAGCACCAACACCACCACCACCACCACCACCACCAGCAACAGCACCACCAGUACCACCAGCAGCACCAGCGGCUCCAGCAGCACCACCACAAGAGAGAGUAUAUAA